GAAGGGGCGUUCAUUCAUCCAGGAGCGCAGCAGAGGCUGUAUGGUGCCUUGAUAAGAAAUUCAUGCCAUCGCCGUUUAUCCUAACGGCCCGUUGAUUUCACAGGCGUUACGGAGCCAUCAGUCUGUUUUUCAUUUAUUUAUAAAAGGUGCUCCGUCGAUUACGAGACGGAAUAGCGCACACUGCAUGACCUUGCACUGAAUGUCAUUAUAGACGGAUUUUUUUAUCCACCGACACGGUCACGGCUGCAGCCAUGGAGAUUGUAACACAUUUAAUAAACGACACCAUAGAAUUCUACAAGUGGAGCUUAACUAUUGCAGACAAACGUGUGGAGAAAUGGCCGUUGAUGGACAACCCCCUGCCUACGCUGGCCAUCAGCACCUCCUACCUGCUGUUUCUGUGGCUGGGGCCCAAAUACAUGAAGAACAGGGAGCCCUUCCAGCUCCGCAAGACCCUCAUUGUCUACAACUUCAGCAUGGUCUUCCUCAACUUCUUCAUCUGCAAAGAGUUGUUUAUGGCAGCGCGGGCGGCAGGCUACAGUUACAUUUGUCAACCGGUGGACUAUUCAGACGACCCCAAUGAAGUCAGGGUAGCAGGGGCCCUGUGGUGGUAUUUCAUCUCAAAGGGCAUAGAGUACCUGGACACAGUGUUUUUCAUCCUGAGGAAAAAAUUCAACCAAGUCAGCUUCCUGCACGUCUACCACCACUGCACCAUGUUCACCCUCUGGUGGAUUGGCAUCAAAUGGGUGGCCGGAGGACAGUCAUUCUUUGGUGCACACAUGAACGCGGCCAUCCAUGUCUUGAUGUAUCUGUAUUAUGGCCUGGCCUCGUGUGGACCUAAGAUCCAAAAGUACUUGUGGUGGAAGAAGUACUUGACCAUUAUCCAGAUGAUCCAGUUCCAUAUCACCAUCGGCCACACGGCUUUGUCCCUCUACGUCAACUGUGAUUUCCCCCACUGGAUGCACUACUCCCUCAUCUGCUACGCCAUCACCUUCAUCAUCCUCUUCGGCAACUUCUACUACCAGACCUACCGCCGCCAGCAGCCCAGACGUGACGCCUCCUCCUCCUCCAAACCAGGCAAGGCGCUCUCUAACGGGACCCUGAAUGGGCUCAGCAAGGCCGUCAACGGGGCGGUGGCGACGGGGAGCAAGGAGGACAAGCCCCAAGAGAAUUCUGGGAGGAGGAAGAGGAAAGGAAGAGCUAAGAGAGAUUAGAGGAAGAGGGCAGGGAGCGGUAGAGGUGAAGUACGGCUGACAGGCCUUGCUUCGGAUUCUAGGUUGGUAGUGCAAAAACGUGAAAGACUUGAUUUGAGAGAGGAUGGAUGGAUGUUUUAAUGUGCAACGAGUUUAUUUGAGCCAUGAUUUGGGUUUUUGUAGAUAUCACAUGGAGACAGGCCCGCAAGGAGAGAGAUUUUAGGGGAGAGAGGGGAUUUUUCUGUUCAUAAGAGGUGUCAAAGGUCACGCCUAAGGUGACUACUGUCAGAAAAGAACCCAAAACACAGCUGUUUCUGGUUCAGGAUAGAUCUUAGUAUUCCUUCUCUUUAUUGUGGUGCAAAGUAGAUCUGGGUCAGAUAGCGUCAGUGGCUUCCAACUAAAGCCUCAAAACGAAAUAGACAAAGAAUUUGGCACGCUGGGAAAGCUAAAUUCAGUGCAUCUGAAGCACUUGAAAGAGAAUAAAUACCACUUUUGUUAUUGAUCACUGCUGUACUGAGAGAGGAAUACACAGCAUGACACACACACACACACACACACACACACACACACACACAAUCAAACACAAACGCAUACACAUCAGUCAAUUUAUAUUUGAGCUCGUUUAUUUUUUACGGAUGCGUAAGUGGUGAUAUAUCAAGUCAUUUUCCUUCUUAUCUCUUUGUUUAUGCUAUUAUUGGUGUUGAGAGAGUGUGACAGUUAAGUUUACAUUGAAUAAACACUCCUGCAGUUCUUAAGUCAUAUGUGAAGAGGAAGCGGUCUCAUGGACUCAUGAGGAGUGCUGCCACACACCUCUGAGAUUCAGUAAGCCCUCAAGUAUGCGUGAUAUUAAUGAGAUGGAAAAUAUGUCAGUAUCCAAUGGUGAGAUGUAUGUAGGAUUAGAAAAAUAACAGAUUUCUAAUCCUUUGUGACCCAAAUCUGACUGUGUCAUUGAAAAAUGGCGCACAGAGGGUUAAAAACCUGAUUUUCUAUAUCUGUAUAAAUGCAAUCAUUACUGUUUUUUUAUAUCUCUGAUUGUAUGUAAUGUUAAAAAAACGAACAAAACGGACACUUUAUCUACGAAUUUGAAAGGAUGUGCUUUAUCUCAGUGGUUCCCCCUCUGACAGAGAAGCCAGGGGAGUUUAGUCCGAGCUGUCUGCAGAUGUUUACUGUCUUUUUAUGUCCUCUCUGCCGUCGUCAUUCGUCUCACAUGCUGGUGAAAAAUGUUGUGUGCCGAACAAAGUAGAAGUGGUUGUGUUCAGGGCGCUUCUGUAAUUAAGGAGAACUCAGAAUUAUUCACCAAGUUAGCCAGUUUUUUUUUUUCCGACGUGAACUAAGCCUACUUCUUAACAUGAGAUAUCUUCCAACAUUGAAUAAAAUAUCUUUUUUGUCUUAUUUUCCAGGUUUAAUCCAUGUCGCGAACUGGCCUUGUAUGUAAAUCUAUCUGAGGGAAAUUUGAAUUUAAAAGAUAAGAGCUUUGAUUUAACUCCAAAAAGAGCUGGUGAACGUCUAUAGUGACCUUUUAUGUAACUAUGUUACUAUGAAGAAUAAGUUUGCUUUGCCUGCAGUAUAUAGAGUAUAAAACAGUGGUCUGCUCUAUAUCAGCAAAACCGGCUUUAUGUCAUUAUAGUCAAACAAUGCAAUGUUAUUUAUCGGUUCUUUCUAUUUAUUUUUAUGUAAAUAUGAGUUUUCAUUUAGGUGAAAGUGCUUGUCUAUGUAUUUGUGUUCUUUUUUGUGUUGUACAUAAUAUAUUGUGAUAUUUUGUACAUUGCGCAUAUGGGAAUGUUCCCAGCUUAUAAUGCUUGGACAUUUAUCUGUCCAAAUUGCUUCUGUCUUUUUUCUUUUUUUAAUAUCAUAACUUCUUUGAACUCUCUUCAGACUCAAUUAAACUGAAUGCCUGUAAAA